AUGACAAGUAAGAUGAAGCCUCCUCCACAGGUGGAGCGGGAAGCUAACUUUGAGUGGACUGAUGGCAGAAGAACAGAAGAAGAUUGGCAGAGCUCCACAUGCAUCAGCAAUAAUCUGAGGAGCAAUGCCUUAAGGCAGACAGGGGAGAAGCCUUACACUUGCACUUUUUGUUCUUAUAGAACCUCGAGGAAAGCUCUCUUAGAGGAGCACAUCAACACACACACAGGGGACCGGCCAUUCUCGUGCCCUUACUGCCAGUACAGUUCCUCCCACAAGAGCAUCCUGAAGGCUCAUAUACGGCGCCACACAGGCGAGAAGCCGUAUGCCUGUGCUCACUGCCCCUACCGAGCCACACAGAAAUCAACCUUAAACAGUCACAUGCUGACUCACAAGGGAAAGGACCCAGUGGCCUGA